AUGAUUGGAGGUGCGGCACGCGGGCUGUUCCAGAGUGCGCGACAAGCGCGACGAGCGAGUGUGCGACAGAUGAAGAAGCAGCAGCGGGUGCGAAUGGAUGGCAAGCAGACGGAAGGGACGAGGCGAACUGUGUACGGAUUAGCGCGUGACGAGAGCGUGAUCACCAAUCAGCAGAGACAGACGAUUGGACGUGCGCGAUAUUUCGAGACGAUGCCACGGGUUGUGAUGAUGGGAACUGCCGGUAUUCUAAGCGUGGGAGCUGUUGACGCACUUAACAUGAUGCUGAAAGACUUGGCAGACGACGAUGAUGACGGGCGAUAA